AUGGACACAUUCACUUCCUUCGAUACAACGAGCGAAACCACAGGCACAGAUGAGAAAACCGAAGAUGAUAUGACGCUGCGUGUUUUCCGACCACUAGAAUUCCUCGAUAAGGAAUCCGUAACGAGAUUCCCUAUCACUGUUCCCACAGCUAGUGGCGCACCACUUACACAUCCGGCAGAGAACGACGAUAUCCGCAUCACAUCGGACACGUCAACCAGGAUCGCCAAUGUGACCACAGAUGUUGAAGACAAAAUGGAGGAGCUUCUAUCUCGAACAUUAGGAUUCCUGAACGAGCGACACGAUAGCGCCACAGAUGAUGUUCUAAAUGUGACAUUAGCUGGACGACAAAAUUCCGAUCAGGCUGUGAUGUCAAACGACACAGUGAAUGAGCCAAAUAGCAACAACACAGAUCUAGUGUUAGGGUUGUUGUCAAAUGUGCCACAAAGUGUCGAUAAGGAUGUAUCGCCGAACGAUACAGUGGACGCUAGUAUGGAUCGGAAUAUGUCAUAUAUGGGAUACUAUUAUGCCUAUUUGUCAAGAUGGAGGUCUCACAUUAUUCCGUUAGUGUUGUUGAUCAUCACCGUUACACUCACUGUAUUUGUCAUCCUACGGUUGAUUUUCUGUCUACUGACACCAGACCUGGACGUAAAGGCUCAAGAAGAUCGUCCUUUGCUUCACAGUAAAGCUAACGAAGGUAUUUACACUCACGUUUAG